AAUAAUCGAUUAACACGAUUUAUUUGACACAUCUAAUUCAUGCAUGUGGACACCAUACAUAGGCAUACGAUUAUGUAAUAAAUUAUGGUAAGUUUGGUCUGGAAACGCAAAUGGAGGAGCACAAUCGCGAAACCAUCGUCUUCGUUGUUGCGUUCAGGCUUCGAAAUUCCGGGAAGGAUUGAAGAAGAAUUGGGAAGAGAAGAUCUAGCCAAUCAUGGAAAUUCAAACGACAAAAACCCUAGCCGAGACUGAUGCUUCACUCUCACGCGGACCAACUCCACCUGCCAAUCGGUCGGGUUCUGGGUCCGAGUCAGUUGUCGGGGCCCCGGGAAAUGGGUCUAGGGUUUCUGGCGGUGGCAACGGGGGUUUGAACAACGGUGACAACUGCGUUGGUGGCGACACUGAAGGUGCAGAUAGAGGUAGGAUUGUUGAGGCUGAAUCUCAGGAUGUUGAUUUGGGCCGGAUUGGAAUUUUGCUGGUUGUGGACGUUCCCGUCCCUAGGAACGGUGUUGAAGCGAGUGGGAAAAAUUCUGGGCAUGGAGGUGAUGAAGGUUCUAUGGCUGGAAAUGGUGGAGACAAAGAUGAGAAGCAAAUGGAACUUCCAGAUUUUGUGUCCGAGGGGGGCGGAACCGGAGCGGAAGCCAGUGGACAUCAUGCGAAACCUAAUGGGAAUGAGAAUUCUGAUGGCGAGGGGAGUGAGGAUGACGGUGACGAAGAACAUGAGUACUCUGUUGGGGACUUCGUGUGGGGAAAAAUUAGGAGUCACCCUUGGUGGCCCGGGCAAAUUUAUGCUUCAAAUGCGUCUGAGUAUGCAAGAAAGUAUGAUAGCAGGGAGCGGCUGCUUGUUGCAUACUUUGGGGAUGGCUCAUUCUCAUGGUGCUCCCCUUCUCAGUUGAAACAUUUUACGGAGAAUUUUGAGAAAAUGUCUAAGCAAAGUAGUUCUAAGAACUUUCUGAAUGCUGUAUGCGAGGCACUGGAUGAGAUAGGUAGGCUGGUGGAGUCAACAUUGACUUGUUCUUGCAUUUCAGAGGACACCAGGAUUCAGCUUGCUAGACCGUCGUCGAUAAAUGCUGGAAUCAAGCAAGGUGUCCUUGUGCCUGACUGUGAUUUAGAUAGAUGUUCAAUUAUUCAGUAUGGACCAGCAGAAGUAAUUGCAACUUUGAAGUGUAUUGCAAAGGUAAGUUAUACUCCCAGUAUGCUUGAGCUUACCGUGUUGAGAAGUUGGAUGUCAGCAUUUUAUCGUGCUAAAGGGUGCCACAUGCUGGCUUUGUAUCAUGAACCCCUGGAUAUUGAAGGUCUCGAAGACAAGAGUAGGAAUGGGGCGACUAAUGUAACUGAUAUUUGUGCUCCAGUUGAACUUCCAAUGCAAGGUCCAUCUGAAGAAGAGUGGGUUUCUUCUCCGGAACACCAUGAGUUUGACCAAGCUGAUCAAUCAGUGUUGCAGAAGUGCCCACAAAUAUCAAAGAAUAAGCUCUACCAUAGAAGGAAGAGGAAAAGUGUGGCUCAACUUAUGAAAGAAGAUAAGAAAGGGGACUACCACUACUGAUGCAACAGCCCUGGCAGACUGGUAUCAACAUCUGAGAAGAGAGAAAGGAAGGGUGGUAAAGAAGCUGUAAGUGAGGGUAGCAGUGAUUUCACUUCUCCAUCAGAGAGGAAGAGAGGGAGGAGGAAUAUGACUGAGAUUUUAAGUUCUCCUAAUUUUGUAGGGAACAGAGAAUCACAUACUAAAGAUGGUGGUAAUGAGGGUGAAGAAGAAAUUGGGAAGUUCGAGAAUGGUGAUGGCAAUCCCAAAGAAGAAUCUGAGUGUGUGUCUACACCAAGGGAAAGGAAGAAGAGCAAAUACUUAUCACCUCCCUUCACUACUCUGAAGUCACCUUCCUUUAGUCUGAAGUGGAGGGCGAGAAACUCAAGCUGUAAGCAGGACUCAGAGGCAGAAUAUACAAAAAUUGCUGAGGUUGCUGAAGUGGGUGAGAGGGCGACCAAGGCUGCCAGUGGGCUUAUUGGAUCUUCUCCCCCUGUGAAGUGUGAUGAUGAAACUUUUAAGACAAAAGUCUCCAAGGUAGCUGAUACAGCAGUUGACGCAUCUGUUAACCCAAUUUCUGAGUCACCUAAAGGAGAUCAGAAAAGGAUUACUUCCUCAAGUUCUCAGUCACCCAACAAAGAUCGGAAAAAGAUUACCAAGUCAAAUCCUCAGUCUCCCAAAGAAGAUAAGAAGCUGAUGAUUGACUCGGUGGAAAUAAGUGCAUCUAUAAAAGAAGUAGUUUCUGAAGUAAGAUCUGCAGCCCUUGAUCCUCUAUGUUUGAGGGAGAAAUUUUCCAUUGAUAUGAUUGCGGGAUUCACUACUGCAUUUAGAAGUGCAAUCUAUUUGAACGGCUCCAACUACAAAAUGUACCAAAACCAUCGACGAGGUAGAAAGCGUAAGUCAUUGAACUCCAGGCUUGAGUUACUGGAAGGCAACCUGAACCAGACUGACACUGUCUCACCUGAAUAUGUAUCCCAGCAGACAAGUAAUGAGAACGAUGAACAGGAAAAAUCAGUUGAACCAAGGAUUGAUCAGUCUGCUGUAGCUUCAGUCAUUAAGGUGAAUGACAAGGGCAUUGGCGGAGUAGCUUAUGCACCUGUGAGCCUUCUUGUGACAUUUCCCCCUGGGUUCUCUUUGCCGUCAAAGAGUGACCUCAUCUCAGUAUUUAGCAAAUUUGGGCCUGUGAACGAGAUGCAAACAGAUGUAUUACCCAGUUCUUCCAGUGCUAGGGUUGUCUUUGUGAAGGGCCCUGAUGCUGAAGCAGCAUUUAAAAAAUCUACGAAGAGGAGCCCCUUUGGACCUGCUAAAGUCAAUUUCCGGCUCAAGUAUCCCUCGGCUGCUCCAGGGUGGGUGAAGGCAUUCUAGCUGCUUCACAGCAUUCUGCUGUUGAUGAAGCGUCUGGCCUCGUGUUCAUAAAGCAAAAACUUGAGAUGAUGGCAUCAAUGCUGGAAACGUCUAAUGCCAAAACGUUCCCUGAGAUGAAGUCCAACUUAGAGGUUGAGAUGAAAGGCCUCUUGGAAAAGGUAAACUCAAUGGCCAAUGCCUCAUCUUGAAUUGGGGUAGUGGCAGAUGAGUGGGGCCAGUUUGUGGCCAUCUAAGCUUCAGCCUGCGACUCUUUUACAUAGGAAUAGAUGUUCGUGUUGCUUCGUAGUUAAAUUUCCGACAUAAGAGGUAAAUUUGAUAUAGAUCGGUUGCGUCUGUGUUAGCAAACUUGUUCUGCUUUUAUCAUCUCAUAGUGAACAUUAUCUUCUUCUACUUCUCCCCUCUCGCUCCAGAUGAAUGGGUAACUUCUGAACAUUUAUCUUA